ACCUGCUCACUCUGCGGAGGAGGCUGCUAAAUAUGACGUAGAGCCUCGCCUGCAACCUGCAUAUACACUAUGCUUGUCUCGAUCUCACGACCCAUAUUUCCCAACGCCUGUCGCUCGUGUGAGAGGCUAGUCGAAGGAACUCUGCACCCCACGAUUCAUUUCUAGCUUCAUUCCCCGUAAGCACGAGUCUGUGUGAUGACGUCGAGCACCUGGGGAGCUGCGCACAGGUCGUCGAUGAUUCAAGAAAUCAUGGAGCGUUGUGGGUUUAUAAAGUUUAUGGGAACCGCCCUCGUGCACAAUCCCCACAGUCCCUCGCCGGCCUCUCCGCGUUUUGCUCCUUCGACGUUUUUGGUGAUCCAACACCCCACGGAGCACCAUGGCCAUCAUACACCCCCAAAUUCACGACGCCGACACGGUCCACGCCACAGAAGCCGACCAAGAGAAGAAGUCGGCCAGCUUCGACGCUCCUACACAUGGACAACACCGCGAAACCCGCGCAAACGACGACCGCUACGAAAUCACAGAGGAAGACUGCUACGAUGAACUCGGCUUCUCGUUCCCCACGUGGAAAAAGUGGACCAUUCUCACCAUCAUCUUCCUCGUCCAGGUGUCCAUGAACUUCAACACCUCGCUGUACAGCAACGCGCUUAGCGGUAUAUCGGAAGAAUUUGGUGUUAGUACACAGGCUGCGAGAGUCGGUGCGGCCGUCUUCUUGAUCACGUAUGCGUUUGGAUGUGAGCUUUGGGCGCCUUGGUCGGAAGAGCUGGGCAGGUGGCCGGUCUUGCAGCUCAGUCUGCUCUUUGUGAAUAUCUGGCAAAUUCCCGUUGCGAUUGCGCCCAACUUUGCGACAAUUAUCGUCUUUCGCGCUCUGGGCGGUCUAUCGACCGCGGGUGGCUCGGUCACGCUAGCCAUGGUGGCGGAUAUGUGGGAGCCAGACAAUCAGCAAUUUGCUGUCGCCUUCAUCGUCUUUUCGUCAGUCGGCGGUUCGGUUUUAGGUCCCAUCGUGGGUGGUUUCGUCGAGCAGUUCCUCGCCUGGCGCUGGGCCAUCUGGAUCCAGCUGAUUUUCGGGGGAGCUGUGCAACUUCUCCACGCCGCCAUAGUCCCCGAGACCCGUACGACUGUUUUGAUGGACCGCAUCGCGAAGAAACGCCGCCAGGAAGGUGAACAGAUCGGCAAGCAUGUCAACGUCUGGGGACCUAACGAGCUCAAGACGUUCAAAGAGCGUUUCAGCGCGAGAGAGAUCCUGACUACCUGGGCACGACCAUUCCGCAUGUUCUUGACCGAGCCUAUUGUGCUGGUGCUCUCCCUGCUCUCUGGAUUUUCCGACGCUAUCAUUUUCAUGUUCCUCCAGUCAUAUGCCCUUGUAUACGACCAGUGGAAGUUCUCGGCCCUCGCUAUUGGACUAGCUUUCAUAGCUAUAGGCAUCGGAUACGUUUUGGCGUGGAUCUCUUUCUUCCCAGCUAUCAAGCGCAAUCAGAGGCUUCGACGCGAGCACCCUGGAGACGAGCAUGCGCAAUAUGAGUCGAGACUGUGGUGGUUGCUCUUUACCGCGCCGUGCUUACCCAUUGGUCUGCUCAUUUUUGCGUGGACAUCGACCGGCCCGCCUAUCCACUGGGUAGGAACCAUGAUCGGCUCCGCGAUCAUUGGCAUCGCCAACUACGCCAUUUACAUGGCAACCAUCGACUACAUGAUCUGUGCCUACGGUCCUUACUCGGCUUCCGCGACUGGUGGAAAUGGCUGGGCGCGUGACUUUCUCGCCGGCGUCCUCACUCUACCUGCUGUGCCGUUCUACUCGAACAUCGGAGGUGAGAAGCAUUUGGCCUACGCUUCAACAAUUCUUUUCUGCAUAUCGCUGCUUUUAGUCGUUUCCGUAUACGUCAUUUACUGGAAGGGACCGGUGCUGAGGAAAAGGAGUCCGUUUGCCCAACAGCUAGGCGCUGCGAGAGAGGAGACUGGCGGCCGCAGGGUCAGCGCAUUGCCUGGUAUCCAAGGUUCUAGGCAAAACUCAAUUGCAAAUAAAGGCAACUCAUCUGUCGUCCCAGGAGAGAACGAGUACCACCAAGGAUCAGGUGCCGUAAGGGAGAGAGUUCAGCGACAACCUAGCACAAGUGCAGUCUAAUGUGCCAGACCCUGGAUGGGAUAAGAGAGGACGAUAUUAGUAUUGCAUACAAACAUCGCAAAAACAAGAUUUUAAUGCUAAUGGUUUAAUGACAACAUCAUACCACAACUGACUAUUCUUGAGCUGCUAUGUCUUCGUACUUGCCCUACGUGAAUCUCAUCAGAUCUCUC